AUGGUGAGGUCGCGGGUGGCCCGGGGCUGCGGAUCCCGGGGCCUCGGUGUGUCGGGGGAGCCCUCUCAGGACCCCGCGGCCCUGCCCCUGCUGACGGGUGUCCCCGGGAGCCCGAGCACGUCCACGAGGCAAGGGGAAGGCCCAGCCAGCACCGCGGCCUGUGCCUCUGCGCCCGGGGAGCCCGGCCCCGCUCCCGAGACACGCACCGUCCUCGGGCUCCACGGGCACAGGGUGGCCACCAGGGGCCCCGCAGCGACAGGCAGCAGGACAAGCAGUCCCCGGAAGCUGCAUGACACAGCAGAGCUGCUGAGCGAGUGGGAGCGUGUCACCGGGGAGCCCCGUGCGAGUCCCCGCCGGGGGGAGGACGCGGUGGCACCUCUCCGGACCAAGGACGUGCUGACACCCGCUCCUCUGUGCCCCUGCCCGCGGCCCCGCCACCCCCAGCCGGGCCGCCCCCACCUGGGCUGUGCCCCUGGGGCUUGUCCUCUGCACCUGCUGCCCCCGCCCACUUGGCAGCCGCCGGGGAGGCUGGACGGCGGGGAGGCCAGGGAGGAGGCCUGUAGCGCCAAGUGUCCACGAGGAAAAGGCCGAGGCGCCCGCGGGCGGAGGGCCCGGGAGGCCGAGGCCGAGGACAGCCGAAGGCCACUCACCGGACCCGCGGCCAGGACGCGCUCACGGGCCAGGGUCCCCGAGCUGCUCGCUCCGGGGACAGACCGUGGCCAGGGACCGGCCUUGCCCUCCACCUGCCGCUCCCACCGACCGCGAGCCCGGGCCCGAGCGCCGCCGUGGGUGGGGGAGCGGGGGGCAGGGAGCGGGCCUCAGCCGGGAGCUGGGAAGAAGGGGUGCGAGGGGCAGCGCCCCAGGAGAGGCCCGCGCGGAGCAGAGCGCUGGGGGCCCUCGGCGGCAGGCCCGCGGCCCGGGCUCCCCAAGGCCACUGUCGCCGUCCAGGCCGCUCCUGUCCCGCCCGAGCGCGGCCGCGGGGUCUCCGCCCUGCAGUCCGAGGUCCGCCCUUCCCGUCUCCCUGGCCGGCGCCCCUGUGUCCUGGUGUGCACGUGCAGUCACCCGGGCCUGGGGCCGCCCGGCAGCGCCCCGAGCCGACGCCCCUUGCCCCCGGGCCGAGGCCGCUCCCCCCCGCCCACCCAGGCAGGGCAGGGCGACCGCCGCUCAGCAGGAAGUAAGUCCCGACCCCUCGAGGGCUGCAGCGCCCUGCGCCGGCCACGGGGACCCUGCGAAGGAGCCGGGCCAGGAGGGCAGGGAGCAUGCGCACACCUAGGACUCCCGGCCCGGGCACCGCUGCUCACGGGGGGGGGGGGGGGGUGCGGUCUCGGCCGCGCAGCCGCAGCAGCCGCAGCAGCCGCAGCAGCCCGGAGGGAGCUGCCCGAGACGCUGUUCUCAGGCCCCACCUCAGGUGUGCAAGGUCAGAGUCCGGGGCGGAGCCCGCGACCGAGUGUGAACACACCCUGCGGGGCUUCCCAUGCGGCCCUGCAGCGUGAGAACCGCGGCGCGCCCGGGUCCGGAAGGCCCCGCUCCUGGAGCAGCCUGGAGCCGCCCGUGCCGGCGCACCCUGCUGCGCUCCCCGCGACGGGCCGGCAGGCGGCACAGCUGACGGCCGCGGGGCGGAGGCCGGAGCGGCCCGGGCGUGCGGGUGCACGACUCCCUCCCGGGGACACCUGCCCAGGGCCGCGGGAAACGCUGCGUUACCUUCCUGCGGUGCCCACCGCACGAGAGUGCACACAUGCCCCGGGGAGCACCGCGCCCCCGCGCACUGGCCGCCGCCCUGCCCACCUGCCCGGGUACUGGGCGUGUGUGUGCACGCGUGUGCGUGUGCGUGUGCGCCUGCUGCGGGGACCUCGCGACCCGCGCUUUGCAGAGAACCGUCCCCGCGCACUGGCCGCCGCCCUGCCCACCUGCCCGGGUACUGGGCGUGUGUGUGCACGCGUGUGCGUGUGCGUGUGCGCCUGCUGCAGGGACCUCGCGACCCGCGCUUUGCAGAGAACCGUCCGAAGCACCCCGAGGGCGCUGGAACACGGUGGCCUGCUGCAGGGGGUGCGCGCGGCAGGGCCCGCGGCGGGCGGGGCGAGGAGCAGGGCGCGCGCGUGCGUGUGGCAGGGCCACGGCCGGGGUCGGCCCUGCGAGGGGGAUCGCCCAGGAGCCCCCCGCCGAGCCGCUCUCAGGGGCCAGGCCUGCGACAGAGUCGGUCCCCGGUCGUCCCGGGGGUUCCCCGCCCCCCCUGCCCCGACUCCGGCCCCGGGGGCCCCGGUACACCACGCCCGGCCGCCUGCGGCUCAGACUCCCAGGACGGCGCGGGCGGGACCCGCAGGGCGCGCGGGACAGGAGCCCGACGGAGCCCUCCGCGGCGCCCCGGGGCCCGGACGCCCUAGGGGCUUCUCCUCGGCCUCCGCCCGGAAGGACGGGGCCCCCUGGCCUCGGGGAAGGCGGCCUCCGGGCGGGCCCACACCCCCGGAGCCCAGAUCCCCGGAGCGGCGGGGCCGGAGCCCAGGUACCCGGGCACGACGGGAAGGCUGGGCCGAGGUUCCCGCGCGCUGGCCCCGCCCCGACGCCCAGGGGAAUCCCCCUCACAUCCCUCUGCGCAGGCGCGGGGGCCCCUCCCCGCCCGUAGCGGGGCCCGCCCUCCUGGCCCGCCCCUUCCGCUUCGCUCCGCCAAUCACGAAGCUCGAUUCCUGA